UUGAAACAGAUGUGUGCAUCAAUAUGUUUAAUAAAUAUUUCAAAAUAGUGGUGAUACCUGGAGUUAUUAGUUUGAUGGUAGGUACGGUGGUAUUAGUUUGCUGUGAUGCUGCUAUUGUUUUUGAUGAUGUUCCAUCAGGUGCUGAAAUUAAGCUUGGUGAAGAUCAUGCACUAUAUUGUGUUGUUAGUGGCAUGGUAAACGAAGACCUGGUGUGGUUUAAAGACGGAACGCAAAUAAAUUUGAAACAAGAUAGAGAUGAUACCCGAAUUUCAUUAGUGAAAAAUGAAUUAUCUAACGGAUAUUUCUCAACAUUGGUAAUAAACAAUGUAAUACGAAAUGAUUCUGGGCUGUAUCAAUGUGUUGUCAUGUCACCGGUAUCCAGAAAAAUGUUGGAUAGCUCACCAGAAGCUGAAUUAAUUAUCCUCUCUCUACCAGCUCCACGGUAUCCUAUUUGUUCUGAGCCAGAAAAUAACAUUAUUGCAGGAUCGACAUUAACAUUUACAUGUGUUUCUGAAAGGGUUCAUCCAACAGUGACUUUACAGUUUAUUCGCGAUACCAAAGCAGUAAACACGAGGAUAAAAUUGAUGGAAGCAGGUAAUUUAUUAACAUUACAGUAUACAUUAACAACGACAAAAGAUAACAAUGGUGAAAUUUACGAAUGUCACCAACAUUCACCACUGGAUUUAAAUUAUCAGAAAUCGUGUACGAUGAAACCUUUAAACAUACAAUACAAACCAGAGAUAAAAAUACAACAUACUAAUCCAGUGAUACCUGGGCGGGAGACAAUUAUCUUUUGUCAGACAUUUGCUAACCCACCUGUUUCACAUUAUCAGUGGAUAUCAGUGCCUCAAUUAAGAGCUGGAGAUAUAAUUAUUGAUGGGACUGGACAAGUAUUAAGGCUCUUGAGACCUACAUUAACACAAACUGGAACAAAUAUAACAUGUAUUGCUACAAAUGAAAUUGGGAAGGUAUCAUCAUCUGUAGAACUACAAGUGUCUAUAGGUAAUUCAGAAACUAAAAACAACCCAGAGGAAUCAAUAAGUAAUCUAAAAUCAGAAACGUCAACAAAACACUUUGGUUUAUCAUUGGACGUUAUAAUCAUCAUCGCUGCUGGUGUUGUUAUUAUUGUUGUACUUGUUGUUCUGGUUCCCGUCUACCAUUAUUGUUUGUGUCGCCACAAUGAUACUACUACCGUUAAUGCGUCAGGAGAAGUAGUAACUCAACCAGAAGUGUAUUAUGAAUCCAGAGAUGGAGUAAUUUUAAGACAUACGAUACAAGAUCGUUCAUUGCCUCGUGUACCUACAACAGAAGUGUAUGGUCAUUGGAGACAUUCAACGGCUUCACAAGUUCCAAAUGAUCUUGAAUCACAUAGCUACACAUACAUUGAUACAGAGAACGAUUAUGUUCCAUCAGGAGAAAGGAUUAGACUUGGUGAGGAUCAUUUUUUUUCUUGUGUUGUUAGUGGCAUGGUAAAUGAAAAGCUGACGUGGUAUAAAGAUGGUCUGCAAAUACAGUUAACAGAAGAUGAUGAUGAUACACGAAUUGCUAUAGCAAAAAGUGAACUAUCUAACGGAAAUUUAUCUACAUUGGUUAUAAACAAUGUAAUGCAAAGUGAUGGUGGGCUAUAUCAAUGCGUCGUUAUGUCACCGAUGUCUGAGUCGGUUUUGAGUAGUUCUCCAGAAGCCGAAUUGAUAAUUCUUUCGCUACCCGCACCAGAAUAUCCUCUUUGUUCUGAACCUGAUAGUGCUAUUAUUGCAGGAUCAACGGUAGAAUUAACAUGUGUUUCUGAAAGAGUGUAUCCCCAAGUGAGUUUACAAUUUUCUCGCAACUCUAAAACCGUGAAUACGAGAAAAAUGUUAUCAGAAACAGGCAACUUAGUAACACUUCCGUUUACAUUAACAACCAGCAAAGAUAACAAUGGUGACAUUUACGAAUGUCACCAAUAUUCAUCUCUGGAUUCAAAUUAUCAGAAAUCAUGUACGAUGAAACCUUUAAACAUACAAUACAAACCUGAGAUAAAAAUACAGCAUACUAAUCCAGUAAUACCUGGACGAGAGACGAUCCUCUUUUGUCAGACAUUUGCUAACCCUCCUGUUUCACGCUAUCAGUGGACAUCAGUGCCUCGAUUAAAAGUUGAAGAUAUAAUCAUUGAUGGAACAGGACAAGUUUUAAAGCUCUUGCAACCUACAUUAAUACAAGCUGGAACAAAUAUAACAUGUAUUGCUACAAAUGAAAUUGGAAAGGUAUCAUCAUCUAUAGAAUUACAAGUUUCUCAAUCUUCUUUAGAUGUUCCAUCAGGUGAUAGAAUUAAGCUCGGUAAUGAUCAUGCACUGUCGUGUGUUGUUAGUGGCAUGGUAAAUGAAAGGCUGAUGUGGUUUAAGGAUGGUCUGCAAAUACAGUUAACAGAAGAUGACGAUGAUACACGAAUUUCUAUAGCAAAAAACGAACUAUCUAAUGGAAAUUUAUCAACAUUAUUCAUAAACAAUGUAAUGCAAAGCGAUGUUGGGCUGUAUCAAUGCGUUUUGAUAUCUCAGAUAUCUGAAUUGAUGAUAGAUAGUUCGCCAGACGCUGAAAUAAUUAUCCUUUCUCUACCAGCACCAGAAUAUCCUCUUUGCUCUGAGCUUGAUAGUGCUAUUAUUGCAGGAUCAACGGUAGAAUUAACCUGUGGUUCUGAAAGAGUGUAUCCCCAAGUGAGUUUACAAUUUACUCGCAACUCUGAACCUGUGAAUACGAGGACAACGUUCACAGAAACAGAUAAUUUAGUAACACUCCAGCUCACAUUAACAACAAAAAAAGAAAACAAUGGUGACAUUUACGAUUGUCACCAAUAUUCAUCGAUGGAUACAAAUUAUCAAAAAUCAUGUACAAUGAAACCUUUAAACAUUCAAUACAAUCCUGAGAUAAAAAUACAACAUACUAAUCCCGUAUUAUCUGGACGAGAGACAAUUAUUUUCUGUCAGACAUUUGCUAACCCACCAGAUUCACGUUAUCAGUGCACAUCAGCGCCUAAAUUAAAAGCGGAAGAUAUAAACAUUGAUGAAACUGGGCAAUUUAAAACACUGGUAAUACUAACAAUAAUUAGUUUGAUGGGAACGUUUAUAUUUCAUUGUUGUGGUGCUGUUUUUAUUUUUGAAGAUGUUCCAUCAGGUGACAGAAUUAGGCUUGGUGAGGAUCAUUUACUCUCGUGUGUUGUUAGUGGCAUGGUAAAUGAAAGGCUGACGUGGUAUAAAGAUGGUCUGCAAAUACAGUUAACAGAAGAUGACGAUGAUACACGAAUUUCUAUAGCAAAAAGCAAACUAUCUAACGGAAAUUUAUCUACAUUGGUUAUAAACAAUGUAAUGAAAAAUGAUGCUGGGCUAUAUCAAUGCGUCGUUAUAUCACCGAUGUCUGAGUUGGUGUUGGGUAGUUCUCCUGAAGCUGAAUUGAUUAUUCUUUCGCUACCCGCACCAGAAUAUCCACUUUGUUCUGAGCCUGAUAGUGCUAUUAUUGCAGGAUCAACGGUAGAAUUAACAUGUGUUUCUGAAAGAGUGUAUCCCCAAGUGAGUUUACAAUUUACUCGCAACUCUGAGCCCGUGAAUACCAGAAAAAUGUUAACAGAAACAGGUAACUUAUUAACACUUCCGUUUACAUUAAAAACCAGCAAAGAUAACAAUGGUGACAUUUACGAAUGCCACCAAUAUUCAUCUCUGGAUUCAAAUUAUCAAAAGUUAUGUACGAUGAAACCUUUAAACAUACAAUACAAACCUGAGAUAAAAAUACAGCAUACUAAUCCAGUGCUACCUGGACGAGAGACAAUUCUAUUUUGUCAGACAUUUGCUAACCCGCCUGUUUCAUAUUAUCAGUGGACAUCAGUACCUCAAUUAAGAGCAGAAGAUAUCAUCGUUGGUAGAACUGGACAAGUACUAAAGUUAUUACGACCUUCAUUAUCACAUAGUGGAACAAAUAUAACAUGUAUUGCUACUAAUGAAAUUGGAAAAGUAUCGUCAUCUAUAGAACUACAAGUUUCUUACUCUAUAGGUAAUUCAGAAACUAAUAACAAUCCACACGAAUCAACAAGUAAUCAAAAAUCAGAAACGUCAGCAAAAAAUAUUGGUUUAUCAUUGGACGUUAUAAUCAUCAUCGUUGCUGGAGUUGUUAUUAUUGUUAUACUUGUUGUUCUGGUUCCCGUCUACCAUUACUGUUUGUGUCGUAACAAUACUACGACCGUUAAUGUGUCCGGAGAAGAAGUAACUCAACCAGAAGUGUAUUAUGAAUCUAAAGAUGGAGUAAUUUUAAGGCAUACGAUACAAGAUCGUUCAUUGCCUCGUGUACCUACCACAGAAGUGUAUGGUCAUUGGAGACAUUCAACGGCUUCACAAGUUCCCAAUGAUCUUGAAUCCCAUAGUUAUACAUAUAUUGAUACUGAGAAUGAUUAAAUUUUUUAUAAUGAAAUGCUUGUACUUUUUGUAUCAACCUCAAUAUUUUAGUGUAAAUAAGUUUUACCAAUAUGUUGAGCUAACUGUG